GCGGCUGGAGGUCCCUGGGCUGAACGCGGAUUCCGUAUUUGAAGACUGAAAACGCGUCGGCUUGGCUCAAAUACAUUAUUUAAAGGUCUAUUAAGGGAGCCGGCCGGCUGAGUUUGGUGCAAGGACCCAAGGACAAGGACCAUGAUGUCCAGCGCCAGGAAGAGGGAUGGGGACAGUGAGGGAGACAGUGGGUUUGUUACACCAGACAGCACCACCAAGGAAAAAGUGCCACGUUUCAUAGAGGGCGAGGACGUGCUCUCACAUGGGAAGGAUGGACUCUUCUACCUGGGAAUUAUAGUUGUGGUCGACAGUGAAAAUGAACGGUGUAUGGUACAGUUUGAGGACAGUACGGCCCACUGGUCCUUGUAUAAAGAUAUCACCAAACUGAAGCUGCCCGAGUCAGAUGACCUUUGUGUUAUCUGCAAGUCUUCCAAGAGUUGGGAUACAAAUGAGAUAGUAUUAUGCCAUAUUUGUGAACAAGGUUACCAUCAGGAUUGCCUCCAGCCAAGAAUAGGCAAAGAGUACUGUGAACCAGAAAGCCAGUGGGAAUGUCCAAGGUGCUCUGGACAUUCAGCUAUGGAGAAAGAAGAGCGAAAGAAAUCACGGGAGAAUUCUCCACGAAAGCAGCGUCCUCGUCCUCACCAUCAACAAGAGUCUGAAGAGAAUAAUAAGCUAGUCCUGCCGUAUGAUAUCAACUCCUUAACGUGGGACCAAGGUCACAAGAGCAACCGUGAGCAAACAUACUGUUAUUGUGGAGGCCCUGGGGAAUGGUACAACCGCAUGCUCCAGUGCCAACGGUGCAAACAGUGGUUUCAUGAAGCCUGUGUAGAUUGUUUACACUACCCACUCUUAUAUGGUGAUAGGUUUUAUGUGUUUGUAUGUGCUUUGUGUAAUGAGGGAAAUGAGUUCCUUCAUAGAUUAGAUGUAAAAUGGGUAGAUGUUGUGCAUCUGUCAAUAUUUAACUUAACUCUACAAGACUCAAAGACAUACUUUGAGUACGAGGAUACAAUCACUCAGUGGAUCAACGACAACUGGGAAUUACUACAAGCACCACUAGGGUUACAAAAUAUGCGGGUCAGUGAACGAAAGCACGAGGUAUUAAGAGUGCUGGAAGGAAAUAGGCCAAGAUUUAAAUGUGGACGUGAGAUAAAGAAGAAGACUAGUAUCUGGGGUCUACGAGUUCGAGUACCUCCACCUGUGCCGGCCAUAACCUUACCUUAUGUUGGUCCUAUUACUGAAGAUUCUAUAAAACACAUAACACUUCGAAACAAGAAGACUCGCAAUGCUGACAGGCUUUGGAUAGCUGACAAUCCGCCAAUUCCACGAAGUUAUAAACUGCGAGAGGACAAGCAAGAGGAAGUAGACGAGGCUAUGGCACGUUUCAGUCCAGCUAAGAAGCGUGCAGUGUCUCCUGUUGCGCUGGAGCCAGAUGAGGAGAGCCCUAGCAGUUCUGGCAAGAGAAAACGUAAACGAGAACUGGAUAUCCUCAUGGAAGAUAAAAAGGCCAAAAAAAUGAUAGAAGAGAUUGGAUCAGUAAAGGAGAAUAGCAUCACUGAUUCCCAAGCUCCUAUCAAGAGAAAAAGAGGACGUCCACCCAAAAAUCAGCAGAGUAUCAAAUCUGAUGAUUUACGGGACCUUAAGCAGAAGCGGGCACAGAAGCUAUUAAAAGAGGCGCUGAAACAGGGACAAGGUAUGCGGCCUGUCACCAAAUCUGGUCUUGAGAUCCCAACACCAAACUGCAUCACCCCAGGUGACACUAGUGGAGAUGAAACAUCCUCUCAUGGUACCCUGGACUCCUUCAUUCCUCCACCCUCUAAUUUUGAGGGACAGAACAAUCCCUUCUUGAACCUGGAUUCACUAAGCUACGGAUUGCCGGUUGUUAGACCUCUCAAACGGAAACUAAAUGAAAGUGACAUCCGCAUAGGGAAGAAUGGAGAAGUAAAGAGGAGACGUUUCCGAAAGAAGUGUGACAAGGCUAAGAUCAUGUUCCUGCUACAGAAUGGUUCUUUAAGUAUAAAUGGUGGAAAUGGAAUCAGAUUAAAUGGCACGAACAGCAUAAAAAACUGUGUGGACUAUGCCCUCAGUGGUAGGCUAAACGCAGGCUCUAAAGAUGACUGCAGUGACAUAGUGGAGGAUCCCAAAGUGGGAGACUCAGGCUUCUCCUUCAGUGACCUUAAAUCAACCGUCAAUAACUAUUUCGGGGCCGCAAACCGAAUUGCAAGUGGUGAAAAGUUCCAUGUAAUAGCAAGAAGAGUCAGUUUUGAAGAUAAAGUUCAGUACCUCAUAGAAUGGGACAGUCCAAGUUCCUCGUAAUCCGAGUUCCAAAUCCUGCUCGUGGCCUCUGGCUACAGCACUAAUUUUUUUUCUUUGAAGUGGUUUCUAAGUGAACCAGUUUGGAGAUAGUCAAUUCUGAGACAAACUUGCAUAAGGCACCAACCCCAUAACCACAUUCAGACUGUGUUCAUAAUGCACUGCCAGAGUGAGUGAUGCAAGAGUGUGAGGUUUGUGUCAGGUGCGGCGUACAGCCUCAACUUUAGUUUGUGAUAUGGUUGCUUAGGGAGGGAGCAAGAGUUUGUUGUUAAAAAAAAAAUAUCAAGAAAUCAGGUUUAAGAACACUAAUACACCCAUUGUGAAGAGUUGAAAGUGAUCGAUCAGGAAAUUGUGCUUUGUGGAAGUAGUGACUUUUGGGUGGUGUAUGAGGUGUUAGACCAGCCCGAAGCAACCACAUAAAAGCAAGUUAUUUCACUAUUGUUUAGUCAUGUACAUAAGUCCUGUAUUUGUUUUUGGUUAUAUUUAUCUGGCGUUGUGGAUGCCAGACUUGUGUUUAUGUAUGACUGAGUGUACGAUUCCUUAAAAUGUGGGUGGGGUGGGGGAGGGGGGCAACCUACUGAACACCAAAUGGAAAUGAAUGUUUUUCAAGGCAUGGGAAGUAAGUAUCCUUGUUUUGAUUGGGGAUACAAUUGUGUGGCAGGUUUAAUAUUAUUAUUUUUAUUUAUUUUUAUUUUAUUUUUUCUUGAACCUGCUUCAUUUGGAUCAUAAUGAAGUGGCUCUCCUGUUUGUAGUGGUGCAUGAGAAAUUGCACUGUGUGUAGCCGUGUACAUACGUUUAUAACUUGUUUUGUUGCCAAAGAUUGCCGACAGUUUGUCAAGGUAGGCAGUAGGGAAGGGUCAGGUUAUUUAGUGGGCUUUCCCUUUCUGGGUUUUACUCUUGUUUCUGUUUUGAAUGUCUCUUACAAUUUUAAUCUUAACCAUUCUGUUGUGUAUAACAUUGUGAUGUUUUAGAUGCUUUAUUGAAGACUUAAACCUUUUAUAUAGUACUGUUUCCAUACCAAGUGAACCUGACCCAGGGAUCCCUACUGCUAGCCCUUCAACUAUCACUGCCACUAUUCCAUCGUGCUCAACUUGUAAGAUGUUUCAAGCGUUGCAGCAUGUAACAUUCCAGGAAUCAUAAUUCUGUCUGCGACAUAUUUCAGCGUUGUACCAUUUACUGCCAUUGACCAUAGUUGCUAGAGUACCUUAUUUCUGUCCUUUUUGUAUACCUAAUGAUGACAGUACAAAACGUUAUCAUGCAUGAAUCUUCCGUGACAUGUACAGACUACAGUAUAAUUAUCUUUAUUUUUUCCUGUGGCACAUAAGACAUAACUGGUGUUGAGUAGAUCAGUAGACGAGAGUUUACAGUAUUUGACGCAGAAAAUCAGGAAGUUUUCUUUGUGUACAUUAUCUAUUUCUUUGCCCAGGUACAUACAUGAUUUUUUACACGGUGCUUUAGAAUUUAUCGUUGAGUAUUUUUAAAUGUUUAGGAAAGGCUUUCUUAAAUUUUGAAUACAGUUUGUGCUUUUUUAUUUUUAUCCAGUUGAAGAAUUAAAGGGAAAAAUUCUGUUGGCCUCUCGCUCUAUUGGUUACAAGUAUAAGUCACUUGAUGUAAUAUACUUAAUGUUGUUUAAUUUAAAUAUUGGAAUGUGUGAAUUACGCAGUUGUCAUCUCGUCAAUAUACAGUAUAUGUUUUUCUGUACCUCUUCUCAAAUCUCAAGUACUGUACAUGCAUAAGUAUGUUGUGUUUGAGAUUAUUAAAUAUCAUGUAAAUUA